AACAACUGGUGUUUCGACUACAACAGGAGGUUCCACAACAACUGGUGGUUCAAGUACAACUGGAGGAUCAACAACAACUGGAGAAUCAACAACAACUAGGGGAUCAACUACACCUGGAGCUUCAACAACUGGAGGUUCAACAACUACUGGGGGAUCCACAACAGUUGGUGGCUCGAGCACAACUGGGGGAUUAACAACAACUGGAGGUUUGACAACUACUGGAGGUUCCACAACAACUACUGGUGGAUCAACAACAACUGGAGGAUCAACCACAACUGGAGGAUCAACCACAACUGGUGGUUCGAUUACAACAGGAGGUUCCACAACAACUGGUGGUUCGAUUACAACAGGAGGUUCCACAACAACUAUUGGUUCAACUACAGGAGGCUCCACUACAACUGGAGGAUCAACCACAACAGGUGGCUUGACAACAACUGGAGGAUCAACCACAACAGGUGGCUUGACAACAACUGGAGGAUCACCACAACUGGGGGAUCAACUACAACUGGAGGAUCAACCACAACAGGAAGCUCCACAACUGGAGGAUUGACCACAACUGGGGGAUCAACUACAACUGGAGGAUCAACCAUAACAGGAGACUCCACAACUGGAGGAUCGACCACAACUGGUGGCUCAACAACUGGAGGUUCCACAACAACUGGUGGCUCAAGCACAAAUGGGGGAUCAACAACAACUGGGGGUUCCACAACAACUGGUGGAUCAUCUACAACUGGAGUAUCGACCACAACUGGUGACUCAACAACUGGAGGUUCCACUACAACUGGUGGCUCGACUACAACUAGAGGUUCAACAACAGCUGGUGGAUCAACAACAACUGGAGGUUCCACAACAACUGGUGUUUCGACUACAACUGGUGGUUCAAGUACAACUGGAGGAUCAACAACAACUGGGGAUCAACUACAACUGGAGGUUCCACAACAACAGGAGGUUCCACUACAACUGGAGGAUCAACAACAGCUAGGGGAUCAACUACAACUGGUGGCUUGAGCACAACUGGAGGUUCAACAACUACUGGGGGAUCAACAACAACUGAAGGUUCGACCACAACUGGAGGAUCAACCAUAACUGGUGGUUCGACUACAACAGGAGGCUCCACUACAACUGGAGGAUCAACCACAACAGGUGGCUUGACUACAACUGGAGGAUCACCACAACUGGGGAUCAACUACAACUGGAGGAUCCACAACUGGAAGUUCAAUAAUAUCUGGUGGAUCAACAACAACUGGAGGAUCGACCACAACUGGGGGAUCAACUACAGCAGGCUCUACUACAACUGGAGGAUCGACCACAACAGGAGGCUCCACAACCGGAGAAUCAACCACAACUGGUGGUUCGACUACAACAGGAGGUUCCACAACAACUGGAGGUUCACCAACAUCUGCUGGAUCAACAACGACUGGAGGUUUGACAAUUACUGGAGGUUCCACAACAACUGGAGGGUCAACAACUACUGGAGGUUCUACAACAACUGUUGGUUUGACUACAGCAGGAGGUUCAACAACAACUGCUGGAUCAAGUACAAGUGGAGGAUUGACCACAACUGGGGGAUCAAUCACAACGGGGGGGUUAACAAUCACAACUACAAGCACUCCUGAAAAGAAAGUAGUAGCUCUUAAAGCAACCACUAAUAAACCAUAUCAAGAAAGUUACGGCAAUCCAAACAGCACUGCUUUUAAGGAACUUGCAAGUCAGCUUGUAACAAUGUUUGAUGAGAUCAUGUCAAGUAAAUAUGGCAUGUUAUUCAUCAAUUCAUUUGUCAUAGAGUUAAGGAGAGUAGUUACGAGAACUCGAGCAGACUCUACGGAAGCAGAGAUGGGGCUUAUAUUCAACCAAACUGCUGCAACUACAGAAACAGAAAUCCCCAACCCCAGUAAUGUUGUUGAAACAUUAAAAGAUGCUGUGACAAACACCACUAACAACUUCUCCAUCAAUAUUGAUCCCACCACCAUUGCAGCAGUUGAACCCAAUCUUACAACAGCUGCUGUAGUGACUACAACUGGCGUAGUGACUACAACUGGCGUAGUGACUACAACUGGCGUAGUGACUACAAACGGUGGUUCAGCAACAGGUGGAUUGACUACGACUGAUGAAGCAAUCACAUUAAGACAGUUGACUUUCAGAUCAGUUGGAGAGACAUUUACAAGUGACUUGGAGAACCCAUUAUCUGCAGCUUUUACAAGCCGAGCAUCACUGAUUACGUCAAUAAUUACACCUUUCUACAAGAGAGCAUUUACAUCAUUCCGCUACCUCACUGUGGUUUCAUUUAGUAAUGGAUCCAUCAUCAACAACUGUAAUGCUGGCUUUGCAUCUUCAUCUGUACCUAAUGACAACCAGAUUGCAAUGGUAUUGAUCAAUGCAGCUCCAGAUGUGACAGCCUUCAACAUUGACACCAGCUCCAUUUCUAUAGAUGGCACACAAGUAUCAAGUGGAAUCAGCCACAAGACUAGUCUCAUCACUGCCUCCUUCCUGGUACUAACGUCAUGGCUGCUAGCAAGACAACAGUAGUGCGAAUGCUAAUGUCCACAUGGCAUCUGCUGAAAAAACGACUGCUAUCGCUGGUUUGAAAAGGGACAGUGUUGAAAAAUCCAAGAAGACUAUUGACAAUCAACAUACUCAUAACAAUUAGACUACAACAGUAUCUAUUCAGCUUUCCUUAUUUCUCGGUUUGACAUCCAUUGAGGACCAUCCGUGGAUGAGACAACUUCCUUCACCUGGUCUACUGAAAUGUACAUGUCAUUAUGAACAUAAAUCAAUGUUUACACGGAGAAACAUUUUGAGGGUAAAACACUUAACAAACAACAAACAAAAUGAUUUAUAUAAAAAUGUUGAUUAUUGUGACAUUCCUGCAAUAUACAAUGUGUGAACAAUGUCCUGCAUGAUUUAGUCUACUUUUCUAUUCAACACACAUUUAUAUUACUCUACAAAUGUGUAUUCUGUUAAGCCAACUGUACCUGUAUACCUUCCAAAAAAGUACAUGGGGCUCUAUUUUAAACAUCAAUGCACUUGGUCAAAGAGGUAUGGUGACAGCAAAUUCAAGUCAUGUCUAAAGUGUCUUCAGCUAGUAUAAUAGUAAUAAAUCUGUGCCCAUGUUUUAAAUGGAUUGUACUUAGCCUCUUUAGUAAGUCAUGGUGUAUUUUGGGCAUUACCUAUUCUAUAACAGUAGACCAUGGACCUCAGAUGACAACUAGCCUUUUGGUUAACUCUGGCAUAUUAUGCAUUAUUGUGCAUUGUGCUCACCAAAUCAACAAAUAAAUGAAUAAAUAAAAAAAUAAAAUAAAAUAGAUAAAUAAACAUCUGACCUGGGUUCCCUGGAGGGCCUUUUGUCUGUUAAAUAAACAAACAUAACUAAUCAAGGACUAGUUCCUUUCUUGAGGUCAGUAGGUGCACAUAAACUUUGGUAGAUUGGAAUGGCAAGUGCAUCAUUGGCUUCAGACUUGAUUUUGUUGAUCAAAAAGUUAAUAGUUUUGACUGCCUCAAGAAAUUCACCCACAAUGCACUUGGUCUCACUUCAUUUUAAGAUCAACUAGCAAAUGAUCACAAUAAGAUUGAUAUUUGAACAUGGCAUGGGACAGGACAGUGAAAACAAUGAUGGUCUAAACCGAGCAAAGACACUUUGAGCCAGAUUUAAAGUCUUCAAGAUGAUCAGGGUACAAAAUGAAAAAAGUGUCCAUCUAAAGUGGAUAAAGAAAAGUGUGUCUCUGUGUAUUGAAGAUUCUUUCAUUAAAGUAA